ACUAGGUGUCCGGCGGGAGCCAAGAAGCUGGAGAUUAACGACGUUACGGGACGUUUAAGCAGCGAUCUGGGAUUGCGGGUUAUGUGGAGACAAUCGAGGACGUCCCGCGAAGGGCGGGACUGUUGAACGAUAUAAUUUUGAACCAAAGUCCAUCCUGCAAGCUUCUUCAAGUGGAAUGAGUUGGUAAAAGUACUCAGUUUUACCUAUGGAAUAGAGUUUGCAUAAAGGAAGCUGUGUGGGGCCCAAGAUUCCAUCUCUUUUUCUAUUUAAAGCUGGUCAUUAACUAGCCCAGGAACCAAAUAUAUUCCCAUGGAUCUGUCGCCCAGUUUGCUGCUCAUGUUAUGGACUUUGUUGAGUGUGCUAGUCGAGGAGAUUACUGGACAAAAAGUGUAUACAAACACGUGGGCGGCUCGUAUAUCUGGAGGCUCUGCUGAAGCUGACAGGCUAUGCAAGAAAUAUGGAUUCAUUAACCAUGGUUUGAUUUUCGAAGACCAUUAUCAUUUCUCUCACCGAGCUGUGAUGAAAAGAUCAUUGACCCCCAAGAGAACUAGACAAGUCUUGUUAAAGAGAGAGCCUCAGGUGCACUGGUUGGAGCAGCAAGUGGCAAAAAAAAGGAAAAAGAGAGAUAUUUAUACAGAUCCAACAGAUCCCAAAUUUAUGCAGCAGUGGUACCUGCUUGAUACAAACCGACACGAUCUGCAUGUGAAGGAGGCUUGGGAGCAAGGCUUUACUGGCAAAGGCAUUGUGGUCUCUAUUCUGGACGACGGUAUUGAAAAGAAUCACCCAGAUCUGCAAGCGAAUUAUGAUCCGGCUGCCAGCUAUGAUGUCAAUGACCAAGAUCCAGAUCCCCAGCCUAGAUAUACUCAGCUGAAUGAUAACAGGCAUGGCACUCGCUGUGCCGGAGAGGUGGCGGCAGUGGCAAAUAAUGGCAUCUGUGGUGUUGGCAUUGCAUAUAAUGCUAAUAUUGGAGGAGUGCGGAUGUUGGAUGGAGAAGUGACUGAUGCUGUGGAAGCAAGGUCUUUGGGACUCAACCCUAACCACAUCCACAUCUAUAGUGCCAGCUGGGGACCAGAAGAUGAUGGGAAAACUGUGGAUGGGCCAGCAAAGUUGGCUGAAGAAGCUUUUUAUAGAGGAGUUACACAGGGUCGUGGAGGCCUGGGCUCCAUAUAUGUUUGGGCCUCUGGCAAUGGUGGAAGAGAACACGACAGCUGUAACUGUGAUGGCUACACCAACAGCAUUUACACCCUUUCUAUAAGCAGCACCACCCAGAUGGGGAAUGUUCCUUGGUACAGUGAGGCAUGUUCUUCCACUCUUGCGACUACGUACAGCAGUGGCAACCAGAACGAGAAGCAAAUUGUUACGACAGAUCUGAGACAGAAGUGCACAGACUCUCACACCGGGACAUCAGCAUCCGCACCGCUGGCUGCAGGAAUCAUCGCUCUCGCUCUGGAAGCAAAUAAAAAUCUUACUUGGAGAGACAUGCAGCAUCUGGUUGUACAGACGUCAAACCCAGCUGGCCUGAAUGCGAAUGACUGGAUUACCAAUGGUGUUGGGCGCAAAGUGAGCCAUUCAUAUGGAUAUGGUCUGCUGGAUGCUGGAGCCAUGGUGGCAAUGGCUAAGACUUGGGUCACCGUUGGACCUCAAAGAAAAUACGUCAUUGACAUUCUUAGUGAGCCCAAGGACAUUGGGAAACGUUUGGAAGUCAGACGCAAGGUAGAGCCCUGUGCAGGGAUGUCCAAUUACAUCAGCACCCUGGAACACGUUCAGGCAAGACUCAGCUUGUCCUACAAUUGCAGAGGAGACUUGGCCAUCUAUUUAACCAGCCCAAUGGGCACCCGCUCUUGCCUGUUGGCACCCAGACCCCAUGAUUACUCAGCUGAUGGCUUCAAUGAUUGGUCCUUUAUGACAACACAUUCAUGGGAUGAGGAUCCUGCAGGAGAGUGGGUUUUGGAAAUUGAAAAUGUCAGCAACAACAAUAAUUACGGAACACUUACCCAGUUUGUCUUGGUGUUGUAUGGAACUGCAUCAGAAGGCCUCUCCAGGAAGUUUGAUGGGGAUGGAUCCAGAAAUGUGGCCUCCAGCCAGUCUUGCAUUGUGUGUGAAGAAGGCUACUUCCUCCAUCAAAAGAGCUGCAUAAAAUCUUGCCCACAGGGCUUCACGUCCAGUAUCCAGAAUAUCCACUACACCCUUGACAACAACAUAGAGCCUCUCUUGGUAAAUGUGUGUGUGCCGUGCCAUGUUUCAUGUGCCACUUGUAAAGGCACCACAAUCAAUGACUGCCUGACAUGUCCGGCACACUCACACUACAACCUGCUGGACUAUAGCUGCACUCACCAGACUCAAAGGAGCAGAGAAUCUCCCACAUUAAAAGACUCCAGUCAUGAUUACGUUGCCAGGACAUCUAAUCUGCCCUUUAUUGUGGCCAUCCUGAGCUGCUUAUUCAUAAUCGUGGUGUUUGGCAGUAUAUUCCUCUUUCUUCAACUGCGAUCCGGGGGAGUCCUUGGAAGAAAGAGAUUGUACAUGUUGGACAGCGGGAUUAUCUCCUACAAGGGAAUCCCCUCAGGGGCGUGGCAAGAAGAGGGGUUUUCAGAGUCUGAAACAGAAGAGACUGCUGCUCACAGCGAGAGAACUGCUUUCUUAAAGCAACAGAGCACCCUUUGAUGACUAUGAUCACUUCCCUUCACCACUCACCAAAACGUUCAGCCAGAUCCCUUUUUACCUUACUUUUCAACACUGGACGUGUCCACGUAAGAUACGAGGUAUACUGCAAAAUGUUGGCUCCAGCAAAUGCUUAACCUGUUUUUUUUUUGUUUUUUUCCUGUUUUGAAUCAUGGUAUUAUCACUAUGUUUAACCCUUUUUCAUGAUGCUGUCUUGUGAUUAUUUUUUUUAAUUUAUUAUUUUGCCCCACUGUCCGUUACCAUUUUUUAAAUGAACCCCUUCAGUGACAGAAUGCCUUUUUAUUGGCUGUGUGACAGGUUUAAGAUGUGAUUCUGCAUAUCAGAAUGAUUUAGGGGCAGAUUUAUCAAGGAAUUUAAAAAAAACUUUCAAAUUCGACCAACCAAAAUUUAUUU